CAUAGCUGACUACACAACACCCAAAAAGGACAUAGUUUUUCUGUUGGACGGUUCAGAUGGCACUAGGAAUUCUUUCCCAGCAAUGCGUGACUUUGUACAAAGGGUAGUGGAGAAAUUAAACAUAGAGGAAAACAGAGACCGAGUUUCUGUGGUGCAGUACAGUCGAGACCCAGAGGUCAAUUUCUAUUUAAAUGCAUACACAACGAAGGAAGACGUUUUAGACAGUGUGAGAGGUCUGAGACACAAAGGGGGGAGACCCCUCAACACAGGGGCAGCUCUCCAGUACGUCAAAGACAAUGUCUUUACUGCCUCCUCUGGCAGCAGACGACUGGAGGGUGUGCCGCAAAUAUUGAUUCUCCUAAGUGGGGGAAGGUCAUAUGACAAUGUUGACGCAGCAGCAUCCUCUCUGAAGGAAAUUGGAGUCUUGACCUUCGGAAUAGGAUCGAGAGGCUCUGAUAGCGGGGAAUUGCAGAGAAUUUCAAAUGACCCCAAGUAUGCUUUAUCUGUGUCUGACUUUAGUGAGCUUCCAAAUGUCCAAGAGCAGUUGCUGGCCUCCGUACACACGGUUGUAGUACCCAUUGCUACAACGUCACCAACUGCUGACUACACAACACCAAAAAAGGACGUAGUUUUUCUGUUGGAUGGUUCAGAUGGCACUAGGAAUUCUUUCCCAGCAAUGCGUGACUUUGUACAAAGGGUAGUGGAGAAAUUAAACAUAGAGGAAAACAGAGACCGAGUUUCUGUGGUGCAGUACAGUCGAGACCCAGAGGUCAAUUUCUAUUUAAAUGCCUACACAACGAAGGAAGACGUUUUAGACAGUGUGAGAGGUCUGAGACACAAAGGGGGGAGACCCCUCAACACAGGGGCAGCUCUCCAGUACGUCAAAGACAAUGUAUUUACUGCCUCCUCUGGCAGCAGACGACUGGAGGGUGUGCCGCAAAUAUUGAUUCUCCUAAGUGGGGGAAGGUCAUAUGACAAUGUUGACGCAGCAGCAUCCUCUCUGAAGGAAAUUGGAGUCUUGACCUUCGGAAUAGGAUCGAGAGGCUCUGAUAGCGGGGAAUUGCAGAGAAUUUCAAAUGACCCCAAGUAUGCUUUAUCUGUGUCUGACUUUAGUGAGCUUCCAAAUGUCCAAGAGCAGUUGCUGGCCUCCGUACACACGGUUGUAGUACCCAUUGCUACAAUGUCACCAACUGCUGAUUACACCGUGCCCAGAAAGGACGUUGUUUUUCUGCUUGACGGUUCAGAUGGCACUAGGAGUUCUUUCCCAGCAAUGCGUGACUUUGUACAAAGAGUUGUGAAGAAAUUAAACAUAGCGGAAAACAGAGACCGAGUUUCUGUGGUGCAGUACAGUCGAGACCCAGAGGUCCUUUUCCAUUUAAAUGCAUACACAACGAAGGAAGAGGUUUUAGACAGUGUAAGAGGUCUGAGACACAAAGGGGGGAGGCCCCUCAACACAGGGGCAGCUCUUCAACACGUCAAAGACAAUGUCUUUACUGCCUCUUCUGGCAGCAGGCGACUGGAGGGUGUGCCGCAAGUGCUGAUUUUGCUUAGCGGGGGAAGGUCAUAUGACAAUGUUGAUGCAGCAGCAUCCUCUCUGAAAGAAAUUGGAGUCUUGACCUUCGGAAUAGGAUCGAGGGGCUCUGAUAGCGGGGAAUUGCAGAGAAUUUCAAAUGACCCCAAGUAUGCUAUAUCUGUGUCUGACUUUAGUGAGCUUCCAAAUGUCCAAGAGCAGUUGCUGGCCUCCGUACACACGGUUGCAAUACCCAUUGCUACAACGUCAUCAACUGUUACCGCUGACUACACAACACCCAAAAAGGACGUAGUUUUUCUGUUGGACGGUUCAGAUGGCACUAGGAAUUCUUUCCCAGCAAUGCGUGACUUUGUACAAACGGUAGUGGAGAAAUUAAACAUAGAGGAAAACAGAGACAGAGUUUCUGUGGUGCAGUACAGUCAAGACCCAGAGGUCAAUUUCUAUUUAAAUGCAUACACAACGAAGGAAGACGUUUUGGACAGUGUGAGAGGUCUGAGACACAAAGGGGGGAGACCCCUCAACACAGGGGCAGCUCUCCAGUACGUCAAAGACAAUGUAUUUACUGCCUCCUCUGGCAGCAGACGACUGGAGGGUGUGCCGCAAAUAUUGAUUCUCCUAAGUGGGGGAAGGUCAUAUGACAAUGUUGACGGAGCAGCAUCCUCUCUGAAGGAAAUUGGAGUCUUGACCUUCGGAAUAGGAUCGAGAGGCUCUGAUAGCGGGGAAUUGCAGAGAAUUUCAAAUGACCCCAAGUAUGCUUUAUCUGUGUCUGACUUUAGUGAGCUUCCAAAUGUCCAAGAGCAGUUGCUGGCCUCCGUACACACGGUUGUAGUACCCAUUGCUACAACGUCACCAACUGGUAUGUGCAUGACAAACAUUUACGUGCUGUGCCUUUUCUGUCUAUAUUUGAAAUUGCUGAGUAGUUGUGGGCAGUGGCAUGCUCACCAACAGCUUAGAUAGUGAAUGAACAGUUUGAAUUUCUGAACGUGUAUGAACAUUGUCAAAAUGACUUUGUGUUGUUGAAGCUGUGUUUUGUUUUUUCCCAUAGCUGACUACACAACACCCAAAAAGGACGUAGUUUUUCUGUUGGACGGUUCAGAUGGCACUAGAAAUUCUUUCCCAGCAAUGCGUGACUUUGUACAAAGGGUAGUGGAGAAAUUAAACAUAGAGGAAAACAGAGACCGAGUUUCUGUGGUGCAGUACAGUCGAGACCCAGAGGUCAAUUUCUAUUUAAAUGCAUACACAACGAAGGAAGACGUUUUAGACAGUGUGAGAGGUCUGAGACACAAAGGGGGGAGACCCCUCAACACAGGGGCAGCUCUCCAGUAUGUCAAAGACAAUGUCUUUACUGCCUCCUCUGGCAGCAGACGACUGGAGGGUGUGCCGCAAAUAUUGAUUCUCCUAAGUGGGGGAAGGUCAUAUGACAAUGUUGACGCAGCAGCAUCCUCUCUGAAGGAAAUUGGAGUCUUGACCUUCGGAAUAGGAUCGAGAGGCUCUGAUAGCGGGGAAUUGCAGAGAAUUUCAAAUGAUCCCAAGUAUGCUUUAUCUGUGUCUGACUUUAGUGAGCUUCCAAAUGUCCAAGAGCAGUUGCUGGCCUCCGUACUCACGGUUGUAGUACCCAUUGCUACAACGUCACCAACUGGUAUGUGCUUGACAAACAUUUACGUGCUGUGCCUUUUCUGUCUAUAUUAGAAAUUGCUGAGUAGUUGUGGGCAGUGGGAUGCUCACCAACAGCUUAGAUAGUGAAUUAACAGUUUGAAAUUCUGAACGUGUAUGAACAUUGUCAAAAUGACUUUGUGUUGUUGAAGCUGUGUUUUGUUUUUUCCCAUAGCUGACUACACAACACCCAAAAAGGACGUAGUUUUUCUGUUGGACGGUUCAGAUGGCACUAGGAAUUCUUUCCCAGCAAUGCGUGACUUUGUACAAAGGGUAGUGGAGAAAUUAAACAUAGAGGAAAACAGAGACCGAGUUUCUGUGGUGCAGUAUAGUCGAGACCCAGAGGUCCAUUUCCACUUAAAUGCCUACACAACGAAGGAAGACAUUUUAGACAGUGUGAGAGGUCUGAGACACAAAGGAGGGAGGCCCCUCAACACAGGGGCAGCUCUCCAGUACGUCAAAGACAAUGUAUUUACUGCCUCCUCUGGCAGCAGACGACUGGAGGGUGUGCCGCAAAUAUUGAUUCUCCUAAGUGGGGGAAGGUCAUAUGACAAUGUUGACGCAGCAGCAUCCUCUCUGAAGGAAAUUGGAGUCUUGACCUUCGGAAUAGGAUCGAGAGGCUCUGAUAGCGGGGAAUUGCAGAGAAUUUCAAAUGACCCCAAGUAUGCUUUAUCUGUGUCUGACUUUAGUGAGCUUCCAAAUGUCCAAGAGCAGUUGCUGGCCUCCGUACACACGGUUGUAGUACCCAUUGCUACAACGUCACCAACUGGUAUGUGCAUGACA